CUCGGGUGCGCGAGUGGCGCCUGUGACGCGUUAAGUGAGUGAAGUCUGAAACACUCGCGCUCAAGGGUUCCUACUUAACGCCCCCAAUCUCUAUUGAGAGAUCAAGCGGAUCAAGGACAGAAAAUGAGACAAAGAAGAAGAAUAUUGUUUCACGAGCUUCAUUCCACGUUCACCGUUGCCCGGGACUUGAUCCUACGACUCCCAGUCUCAGCUUGCAUACUUUUCGUCGGCAAAAUGGAGCAACAACGGUCAAUGAUGAUGUCCCGCUCUAUGAUGAUGUCACAGCGCUCAGCCAUGAUAAGACCGCAAGCCCAGGCAGGCGGCGGGUUAGGCCAGUACCUGAUCACUUUGGUGUGCCUCAUUGCCACCUUUUGGGGCGUCGCUAUUGGUGCCUAUCUUUGGUUAAAGAGUAAAGGGAGUAGUACCGGUGAUGACGAAGACGCAGCGACGGCGUCCACUCCUGCAUCCUGUACCAUGUCCAAGGCACAACGUACUUCCCAGAGGGCCAUCAUAUGCUCCAUAGCUGAUGCAAGCAGGAAUGUUUUCAACAACUUUCCGCAGAAUAUCUGCAGCUAUCUCGUUCUUAUCGGGGCCAUCACAAGCAAGAUACCUCUCACAUGGACCAUCAACGUAGAGAAAUUGGACCAAUUCAUCAUCCUUCGCUAUGGCAACACGGAUUCGAGCCGGCCGUCUCUCUUGGUGUCUCUUCCUUACGACGCAGCGUUUAUCGCAGCCGCUCCAACAACCAUCGACAAUUGGGUAAAACUUCUGGACGGCGUCGAAAUUCGAAACAUACCCAUGGCCACUACGAAAGACGACGCCAGCAAAGUUAUUGCUAACGUGAAGGCCGGAGCCAGCAAAAUGAUGCAGAGUGUGGGAGCAAAGUCAAGUGAGCCCAUUCUAACUGCUACCUUUAUGACCGCAGACUACGGCAAGAUUACGCCUCCCCCCAGUGACUUCAAAGAUGUGAUCAGCCUUUUGGACUUCAGCGUGAUAGUGACGCACUACGAUAUGACUGAGGGUAGGAAACCGACAGAUACGGUUCACCCGAAUUCCAAGGUCCUACUCGAAGAAAUGAAGACCAAGCUUGCAGCUACCUUCAAAGAAAGCGCAGCGGCUAAAGGCAAGGGCAAAGUAUGCGCCUCUCUCUUUACUGGCAUGUACCUCAACAAAAAUGCCAAAGCGGGUGAAUCUCCUGCAGACGUUGAAAUGACGAAUUUCUGCGCUUUAAAGAAUGCUAUCAAGAACACCGCGAAGAAAGAUGAUACAACGGACACGUUCACAGUGAAGAGUGGAAGUGACCUGUACGCUUUCGACACCAAGGAUACAAUCCCAAUUAAAGUUCAAGUAUUCCGAGACUACGGGGACAUCUGCAUGUACGUGGACCAUAUGGACCUGGACGACAUCUCGUGUGUCUGCAGCCGCAAGCCAUUUCCCUUGCUCACCGCCAUUAGCCAAAACUUCGUGUGAUGCUACCUGCUCUCUACACAUACCAUAAUAUAUUACGCUUUUGUACUACAAAAUACAAGAUUACAUCUCUGU